CUGACGUACCCACAGCUGCUGGUAUAAAUGACUUCACGCCGCCACCGAGCGCAGAUGAUUCGCAGUAACAGCGGGCGCACCCGGCCGUCAACACUCAUGGGCUACAACACACAACCCCCCUCGCACACACACACCUACAAACACGCCUGCGUCAUGCGUCCCGAGAGCGACGGCACGAACUCGGUAACUCCGAUGGACCCCGGUAAAAGGCGCAGCAGCAGCAGCGGCAGCAGCGGCGGCGGCGGCGGCGGCUUGCGGGGCUGACUGGACCCUGCUCAUCUUGUCCAGGAGCGUGUGCCCCCCCCCCCGCCCCCCCCACCCCCCACCACACACCCCCACUGCUCUGGGAAAGUUGCAGUCUGAGUGUGGUCGCAUUAUGGAUUUUAUAACAACAAGCAGCAACGACAGCAACGCGACCAAUGUUUACCCUGGCGGGAAAGACGUUGUUGCCGACUGGGACGGGGGGAAGAAUGGCACAGGGCUCGGGUCUCUGCCUGAUGUGGAGCUGAGUUACCAAAUCAUCACCUCUCUCCUCCUGGGGUCCCUCAUCCUCUGCUCCAUAUUUGGCAAUGCGUGCGUCGUGGCCGCGAUUUCCCUGGAGAGAUCUCUCCAGAAUGUGGCCAACUACCUGAUCGGGUCGCUGGCCGUGACAGACCUCAUGGUGUCGGUUCUGGUUCUGCCAAUGGCGGCCCUCUAUCAGGUUUUGAACAAGUGGACACUGGGCCAGGAGAUCUGUGAUUUAUUCAUCUCUCUGGAUGUACUGUGUUGCACAUCAUCCAUCCUGCAUCUGUGCGCAAUUGCCUUGGACAGGUACUGGGCCAUCACCGACCCCAUUGACUAUGUAAAUAAACGGACCCCGAGGCGAGCUGCGAUCUUGAUCAGCGUAACCUGGUUAGUCGGGUUCUCCAUCUCUAUUCCGCCUAUGUUAGGCUGGAGAAGCGCCGAAGACAGGGCGAACCCCGACGCCUGCAUCAUCAGCCAGGACCCGGGCUACACCAUCUACUCCACGUUUGGGGCUUUUUACAUCCCCCUUAUCCUCAUGCUGGUCCUAUACGGGCGAAUAUUCAAGGCGGCUCGGUUUCGGAUUCGGAAGACGGUCAAAAAGCCCGAGACAGCAAAAGUGUCAGACAGGUGUUUGACUUUGUCCCCGGCCAUCUUCCACAAGAAGACCAACGGGGAGGCCGGGGCCAAGGGCUGGAAGCGCGGCGACUGGUCAAAGACCAGCUCCCCGUGCGUAAACGGCGCCGUGAAGCACGGCGAGGAGGGCGAGUCGUUGGAGAUCAUCGAAGUCAUGAGCAACUCCAAGACGCACCUGCCUCUGCCCAACACCCCGCAGUCCUCGCAGGGCUACGACAACAUGAACGAGAGGAACUCGGGGGCGAAGAGGAAGAUCGCGCUGGCCAGAGAGCGCAAGACGGUGAAAACGCUGGGCAUCAUCAUGGGCACGUUCAUCCUGUGCUGGCUGCCCUUCUUCAUUGUCGCACUGGUGCUGCCUUUCUGCGCGGAGCGCUGCUACAUGCCCGAGUGGCUGGGCGCAGUCAUCAACUGGCUGGGCUACUCGAACUCUCUCCUCAACCCCAUCAUAUAUGCCUACUUCAACAAGGACUUCCAGAAUGCUUUCAAGAAGAUUAUCAAGUGCAAAUUCCACAGACCGUGACCACACACGUGGUCCAAGCGAGAGUGUGUCGACUGAAAUUGUUGAGUGAUUAAACGGACUGUAUGGAACUUAAAAAAAAAAUGAUAUAUAUAUAUAUAUAUAUAUACAUAUAUACCCAGACUUUCAUGCAGGGACAGUCUCUUUUCGGUGUGUUUGAGAACCUUGUUAAAAAAGAAAAAGCCGAGGUCCAGGGCUGCAGAGGAGAUCAGAGGAGACAGGAACUGUCGCUCUCAAUGUACAAGCUCAUAUUCAGUGUUUGUAGCUACAGUAGAUAUCCUAUAUGCGACGGCAGCCAUCGUUGUAUUGCCAUGCAAGACGUGUCGUGUGCCGAUUCCAUGCAUUUCAUCACGAGACACGCGGAUGUUUCUGUCCCACACCAUGAGCUUUGUAGCACUGAAACAAUAAAGAAGCAAACAAAGUCUGUCCUCAAGGAACAACGAG